CCCAACAAGAAAGCCAAAGAAAAUGCAUUAUCAUUCAUCAAUUUCCUUCUUCAUUCUAACCAUCCUCUCAAGCCUCUUUUCCUCAGCUGAGCCGGCUCAUCGAUGUACAGAAAAAUUCCAUGAGCUCGUCAAAGGUAGAAACCUCACAAAUUGCCAACGGCUCCCAACUCUCGGCGCAGAGCUCGGUUGGAGCCACCCUUCAUUCGACAAAUCCCGCCACGUAUUUCAAGUCCUCUUCGGCGCCCGGAUGGAAGACGAAGGGGGAUGGUUGGCGUGGGGCGUGAACCCUGGAUGGAAGGCAGAGAUGGUCGGGACGAGAGCCGUGAUUGGGGUUAGGAACCCUGACAAUGGCUCUAUUUACUGUAGGACGUACAAUGUGAGCUAUGAGACUAGGAUUGGGUGUCCCCUCUGGCCGACGGAUAUGGAGGAGAUCAAAUGCUUGAAAUUUGAAUAUGAUAACUCGACGGAAUACCAUUUGAUAACUGCCACUUUGAGUCUCUCUAUAGCUGAUUAUAAUGUUACGAGGCUUAAUAUUGUGUGGCAGAGUGGGUCGCGCGUUGCUGACGAUAGGCCUUUACGGCAUGUGGCUAACUUAAAGAAUGUUGAUUGUGUUGAGACGCUUGAUUUGCUUACUGGUAAAAGUACUGACAUGUCCCACCUCAAGAUUCACCUUAGACAAGUGCAUGGAGUAUUGAACAUUAUAGGUUGGGGAACGUUCUUGCCAAUUGGAGCAAUAUCAGCAAGAUUCUUUAGGAAAUUUCCAUUUGAAUGUGAAAUUUGGUGGUUCUAUACUCACGUGGGUUGCCAAUUGGCUGGGUUUUCCAUUGGCGUCGUUGGUUGGGGCAUUGGAAUGUGGCUCGCUCAUAGUUCCCCUCGCUACAUUUUCCGCACUCAUCAUAUCUUCGCCAUCUUCAUCUUCGUUUUCGCCACUUUACAAACAUUGGCGAUAAGGUUUAGGCCAUCGUUGCAGGACGACUUCCGAAGAGUGUGGAACAUCUAUCAUCAUUUCUUAGGAUAUUCUUUACUAGCAUUGAUAUAUAUAAACAUAUUUGAAGGAAUAAAAAUCUUGAAGCCAGAGAAUAAGGAGAAAUGGAGAUAUGCAGUGAUUGGAAUUCUUAUAGCUUUGGGGUCGAUCACUUUGAUCCUUGAGGGUUAUACUUGGAGAAAGUUUAUUCAUCAAAAGAAUGAACUGAAGAAAUCAGAGCCUUUACCUAAUCAAGCUAAGCCUGAGGAAGAAGAAGAAGGUGGAAUAAUAACUCAAUCAACAUUCACAAGAAGAAACUCUCCCUCUACACCUACAUUAAUGGAUGAAUAAAAACAAUACUAUUGCUAAAAUUAUUCAAUCCAACUUUUUGUAUGGAGCUAAUUUUUUUUAUAUGUAUAUAUUUGGGAUUUUUGUCAUUAUAUAUGUUGUUUUGGUGUUUCAGCUAAUUUGUAAUGUUGAAAUUUGGAAGAAAAGAAAAUUA